UGUUGGUCUCACUGGCAAUCUUCAGUCUUACCAAGAUGACUACAGCAUACAGCCUUUUGCUCUCAGUGGCUUUGACAAGCUUGACACUGACUGGUGCAUUUGGAGCUGAUAUCAUCAAUGGCAAAAAAGCCAAGAAGAGCUCCAUGCUUUACAUGGCAUCAGUUCAGAUUGAAGGACAACACAAAUGUGGAGGAUUCCUGAUCGACCCGAGCUACGUGCUCACGGCCGCACACUGCGAUAAAAGUGGCAACAUGACUGUGGUCCUGGGCACCCACAACAUCAGUCCACAAGGGGCGAAUCUGAGAAGAUAUACAGUGCAACAUAAACAUAAGCACCCAUCUUUCAAAAACGUGAAAGCUGGCAAUGACAUCAUGCUUCUGAAGCUGUCCAAGAAGCUGAAAGGCAAAGAUGUGAAAACCAUCAAAAUCCCAAGCAAGGACAAACCACUGAAGCCUAAAUCCAAGUGCCAGGUUGCUGGAUGGGGUAAAACCGAAAAGCAUAACGUGGUGAACGAUCUGCUGGUCACAGACGUGUUGACUAUCAACUUCACAAUCUGCAAGACGAUGUGGGAAAAACUGCAAGUAAACCUCCCAGGCAAUAUCUUGUGCGCUGGAGGUUUCGAGACUAAAAGUGGUGCUUGUCAGGGUGAUUCUGGUGGGCCGCUAGUGUGCAGUGGGAAAGCGGUGGGCAUCGUCUCUUUCAACAUGGGUCGCUGCGACUACCCAAACGUUCCCAAUAUUUACACUCAAAUUUCUAAAUACACAGACUGGAUCGAGAAGGUGAUCAAUGGAGGUGCCUGAUAUCUUUGAAAAUGAAUUGUACUGUUGUGCUGUUUGCUAACUCGGAUUUUAUUUUGAGGUGAAUGCUACCUGUCAAAAUGUUUCAAUAAAAGCAAGAAAAGAGAC